AUGUCUUCGCAGCCCUCUACCUUCAAGCGUUUCGUCGAGGUCGGCCGUGUCGUUCUUGUCAACGACGGCCCGUCCGCCGGCAAGCUCGCCGUGAUCGCCGAGAUCAUUGACCACAACCGCGCUCUCAUCGACGGCCCCUCGACCUCGGUCCCCCGCCAGGCCUUCCCCUACCGCAAGCUCAUCCUCACCCCCUACACCAUUGCCAAGCUCCCCCGCGGUGCCGGCACCGGUGCCGUCAAGAAGGCUUUCGACAAGUCGGGUGUCGCUGAGAAGUGGGCCGCCUCGGCCUGGGCCAAGAAGCUCGCCGCUCGCGAGGUUCGCAAGGAGGCGACCGACUUUGACCGCUUCAACAUCAUGCUUGCCAAGAAGCAGCGCCGGGACGCCGUCCGCAAGGCGCACUUCAAGGAGCGCAAGGCCGCUGCCUAA